GGUAAGGACUGAUGCUCAGUAUGACCAGUACUGUGGUGCCGUGUAGUGAUUAGUGCUCUCCAUGUGGUCUUCAUAGGGGUGGUUGUUAUGAAUGCUGAACAGACAGUACAGACGCUUCUCUUCAACGUCCACACCAGCGCCCCGCCUAUCGAAUCCGUCGCGAAACACGAGGCACGUGCUGGCGGAGGCGGUCAGGUGUGAGGCCAGUUUGAAAGCCAACGGGUGCUCGCGGGCUGGAGUGCACGGGGAAGUUACGAACGGCCCGCUGCCGGCGCGUGUCGCUCGGCGACGGGGCAGCGACCGCUAAGCUUGGUGUGCGCAGCUGUUGAGGGUGUUCAGCUUGCUCUCUGAGAGGACGGCGUGCGACGCAAGCCGCUGAAGGAGGCGGGCGAAAGGGAUGCCGACGGCUUUUCAGCGUCCUCUCUCGCUGCCGGCACCUUCCUUCGAGAAGGACAUGGGCACCUUUUGGGGGGCCGAGGUGGCGUGGCACAGGACGAGCGAUUUAAACUUCAGCUCUGCCGGCCGCCGGGGCUACCUCAUUUCCGCGCGCGGCUCAGAGGACCACCACGACCACGACUAUGUUGAUCAGUUUCACAUCAUCCGUAAGAACCAGCCGAUGAUCGUGCUCCUGGUUGUUUUGAGCUUCCUCGUGGGAGCUUUUUUGCGAACUAUUUUGAAAGAAGUAAAAAUUCCUAUUCUUGUAGUGAUAUGUUGCAUGGGAAUUAGCCUUGGAAUGAUAUCCCAUUUUUCAUCUCAGGUUCCUAUUGUGAAGAACAUUGCAGAUAUCGAUCCUGCGCUUUUCCUUCAUUUGUUUACACCAGUUAUAAUAUUUACAGCUGCAUUUGAGAUGGAUUUUUAUAUAUUUCGAAAAUCCUUUUGGCAGGUGUUAAUUCUUUCAGUUCCUGGAUUUUUGAUGAAUUGUGCUUUUCUUGGUUGGUUAACAUAUAAAAUUAAUAAGUAUAACUGGUCCUGGGAUGAUAGCAUGCUGUUUGGAAUAAUUCUUAGCACAACAGACCCUAUCCUGUCUGUGACUUCUGUAAGAAACAUUGGGCUUUCGAAAAUAGUUGUCAACUUAAUAAAAGGCGAGUCUUUGUUUAAUGAUGCUACCACAGUAAUUAUUUUUGAAUUGUAUAGGGACCUUGUAAAACACAGCCAUCAUGAAGUGGUUAAAGAGAUUUUUAUAAAGUUGAUCUUAAAAUUCUUUGCAAGCACUGCAUUUGGAUUUUUGGCUUCAAGAUUAGUUAGUUAUUGGUUGCAACACAUUUUCAAUGAUGGAGUAGUUGAAGUAGUUUUAAGCUUCUCAAUGGCAUACUUAAUUUUCUUCUUGGCUGAAUGGCUUGGAAUGUCAGGAGUUAUUGCUCUUUGUAUUUUGGGGCUUCUUUUAGAUUCUGUAAGCUUUAGUCCAGGAAUGGAUAUGUUUCUUUAUAAGUUCUGGUCAAUGUUGACAUUUCUGGCUCACAUUAUGAUAUUCCUUAUAACAGGAAUUGUGUUGGCUCAAAAAGCAUUUCCAUUUUUCAAUACUCGUGCUAUUUUUUAUAUUAUAACAGUCUACCUUUCAUUGAAUCUCGUACGGGCUUUAGUUGUUCUGGCGUUGAGCCCUUUUUUGAGUCGUCUUGGCUAUGGAUUUAAUUGGCGUUGGGGAGCUAUUAUUGUUUGGAGUGGAAUGAGGGGCACCUUCACUUUGAACAUGGCUCUUGGAAUUAGCCAAACAGAAAGCAAAACUGCAAGUGAAUUUCACAUAAAGACUAUGUUAUUAUUGCAUUCAGGAACAGCAUCUUUGUUGACCCUGAUAAUUAAUUCUACCACUGUGAAAAAGCUGGUUGUAACGUUAGGCCUUUGUAAUAUUACUCUUCCAAAGCGUAUGGCAAUGCAUAAUGCAGUUCAGCGAAUCAGACAAAUGGAGGCCAAUGCAUUUUCAAUGCUGAAACUUGACAGAUUUUUGGCUGAUGCAAACUGGGUAAUGGCUGAAGAAGCAAUUAAAAUUGAUUAUCCUUACAAGUUAGAUUCAGAAGAAGUUAAUCAACUGAUCAAAACACUUAGAUGUCCAGAAUGUAGUACCGAUAUUACAUUUGAAAGAAGUUCACAACAAAUUGCUGAUAUUAUGGAAGAAGCCAGGUUACGUCUCUUAACUGCACAAAUGGCCAGUUAUCAGAAGCAAUACAACAGUGGAAUGCUGAACCAAGAUGCUGCCCAAACAUUAAUAGGUGCAGCAGAAAGCUAUGUUGAUAUUGAAGGAAAGUUUAUGAAUAUACAUGAAGUAAAGACAUAUUGGGAAAGCAAAGGAGUACCAGUAAUGAUGAAGAAAUGGCUCUCAGACUGGGUUUACAGUGUGAAAAAGGAAACAUUUAAGGCACCAAAAAGCAAGUUUCUGAGAACAUGUCACCAUCUGGUAUUUAUGGAGGAAUUUGAAUAUAUAAGUACCAUGAUAACAUUUUUGAACUGUGUUCCUAUUGUUCUUCACUUUAUACCAAGUAUUAGUUCAACCUUUCUUCCAGAACUAAAAUUGUGCAACUACUAUUUUUUGAGUUUGUAUAUAUUGGAAGCAUUAUUGAAGGCUUUUGCAAUGGGGAGGACCUACAUCUAUUACCACUGGAACCAGUUUGAUCUUAUAAUCAUAGUAGUGGGAGUUGUUGAUGUCAUGAUUAUCAAUUUGUUUAAAUCACUUAGUCCAUCAUACCCUAUGAUUAAUGCUAUCAGGAUAUUCCGAUUUAUUCGCAUUUUAAGAAUUCUGCGGCUCUUGAAGCUUGUGAUACCCAAAGUGAUGUCUUUAUUGGACAAACAAAUAAACAGACAGCUCACUUUCCGAUAUGAUAUUGCCAAAGGAUAUGUUCAAGGUGAAGAAGAUAUAAAAUGUUUAAUUGGACAGAUUGCUGGCCAUGAGAGAGUUUAUCAAGAAAUAACUAAAAUAUUGGAAACAAACAAACAAGAGGCUAUGAAGGAGUUAGGGUUAAUGCAGCGUGAUUAUCCAGAGAUCGUUACAGGUGUGAAAACGAGACAAGCAGUCCAAACAGUGCUAAACACAGCUUCUGAAACUCUUCAGUUUAUGAUAUCAGGAGGAAUUGUUGAUAAAACUGAAGGAGGUGAACUGCAGAAGAUGAUUCUAAUUAAAAAACAACAGCUGGCAACACUUCCAUCUACAAUUGCACCUCCUACUGCACAAGAACUUCUGCGUAAUGUCAUUUGGCUACAGAAUGACAAAAGACAGAUCGAAUACAUUCAGAAAAAAGCAAAAAUUCUUUAUUAUGACUAUGGGGAUAAGAUAUGUGAGGAAGCUGAACUACCACAAGGAAUCCAUUUAAUUGUAUCAGGAAUGAUAAAGCUUUCAGGUUCUGCUCCUUGUUAUGGAGUUAGUAAAGACACUAAAAAAGAAACUAAGAAACGGCUUCCAGUGUCUUCCUAUACAGACUACAUGGUUGCUGGAGCUAUUAUAGGAGAACUCAACUGCCUAACUAAGCAAGAAAUGGAAUAUGGGGUUUCUUGUGAAACUGCUGUGCAGACCUGUUUUAUCUCUAUAGAUGAUUUGCUUGAAGCUUUUGAUAAGUUUUUGGAACCCCCCUCCUUAGAAUAUAAAAUAUGGCUGAAACUUGCUCUUGAUAUUGCUCUCAGAACUUUUAAGGAAAACCUUCCUAACCAGGAUUGGUCUUACAAGAUGUGUGUGCAACUUUCUAAUAUUUAUGUGCUGGAUGUAGCCAACCACACCAAAUGUGACAUUUACGAUGGAAGUAUGGAUGAUGUCAUUCUUGUACAUGGAACUGUUCUAGAUUGUCAACUAGGGCAACGAUAUAAUGCACCAUAUAUUUUACCUAAAACCUGCCACCAGGUACAAGGCACAGCAUCAGCAACAAAACUGCUAGUUAUACGAACUUCAAAUCAAGGAGCACGAAAGACCACUGAAACAUGCGGUAGUAUUUGCCAAUAUCAUUCAGCUCGGCGACCUGCUACCUUGGGACACAUUUUUGGAAUGAGCGUUGGCAGUCACAGUACAAUAAGCACUGAUUUAGAGUAUACAUAUUUAAGCUCCCAAAACCCCAAUUUGAGAAGAGUUUAAUGAGACAUAUACACCAUGUUUCAGCACCACAGAGGAAGAAUGUGAGAUUUUAUAUAGAAACAAGUGUUUAAGUGUUUAAUAUCAGCUCCAUGAUGGAACCAGUUUUUUUAAUUGGUUUUUGUUCUGUGAUAGUUUUAAUAAUUUACAAGUUUUACAAAAUUUUGUUUAGACAUAACUACUAGUAAAACACCACUUUGUGUUUAUAUAUUAUAU